CCUCUCUCUCUCUAUCAGGCGCACACUGUCAAGCGGCACAGGCACAGAAAACCUAGAAGGCACCUUUUCCAAGAGCACCCCAGCCCCAUUCUUGUCACCCCGGCCUAGCUUGUUCAUGUCCACUGCAAGUGCAAGGCACGAAGCAUCCAGCGUCAAAACCAUCAAGUUACUAGAACCCUCCACUCCUACCCUUAUUACGAUUCUCAUGCUGUUUUCAGCGAACGGCCUGACCAUGAUGAGCUAGGGAAGAAGAUCAAGAGGGAGUAGUCACCGGCGGAGCGCAUGGCGGCGGCGGCACGGAGGAGCUGCAGCUCGCCGGCGGGGGCUGGUGCUGUUGCAGGGGCCGCGAUGAACAUAAUCACGCCGUGCGCCGCGUGUAAGCUGCUCCGGCGACGGUGCGCGCAGGAGUGCCCCUUCUCGCCCUACUUCUCGCCGCUGGAGCCGCACAAGUUCGCCGCCGUCCACAGGGUCUUCGGCGCCAGCAACGUCUCCAAGAUGCUCCUGGAGGUGCACGAGAGCCAGCGCGCCGACACGGCGAACAGCCUGGUGUACGAGGCGAACCUGCGGCUCCGGGACCCCGUCUACGGCUGCAUGGGCGCCAUCCUCACCCUGCAGCAGCAGGUGCAAGCGCUGGAGGCCGAGCUCGCCACCGUCAGGGCCGAGAUCGUCAGGCACAGCUGCCGUCCGGCGGCCGCGGCGGUGGCCACGGUGCUCCCCUCGUCGCACGCCUCCCAUCUCCUCGCGGCCUCGGCCGCCGCCAGCCGCGGGCUGCACGCUGGCAGCAGCAAGUCGGUAGGGGCAAGAGCGGCAACUUUGGCGGCGGCCGCUGCCGUGGGGCCUGCGGCCUCCUCGUCGUCGUCAUCGGCGGUGUACGCCGCCGCCGCGUCGAGCUCAACGGACUAUAGCUCCGUCACCAAUGAGAACGUUCCUUAUUUUGGUUGAGGUAGCAGCACGUUUCUGCUUGAAUGUAUUUUUUGCCCCCCCCCCCCCCCCCCCCCCCCCUCUUUUUGUCUGUAGACCUAUCGUGAAAAUAUUGGAAUACAAGGCUUUCCUGGCAGAGUAAAUAAUUUUUGUCGUGUCCAUUUCUGUUUUUCAUUAUGCAUCGUCCAGGAAAGGAUUCAAGCUUAAAACAGCCAAGGCAACUGAGGGUCUUACAUUGCUAGGGCUGCAGGCGCAAACAUUGUUUCUCAGAUCCUGAAAGUGCUAAUAAACUGAACAGGCUCUACAGUGUUUCUUCUGAUUUUUUUUUUAUUUUUGUAAAGUCAACCAAGCUCUUAAUUGUGGUUAAAGCUCACCAGUAUUAUUAUAUGCAAGGGUUACUGGGUUACGAAUCGGAGACAGGGCACGUGCAUAUGGUACUCCACUAGUUCGUACUUCGGUGUUUGACUGCAUUUGGAUCUCUGCAUGGAACAUGACACCUCACAUGCUUGUCCCUGCACAUUUCACUUUGAUACUUCUUGUAGCCUCCCACUCAGGCCUCCUCGUUUUAAUCUCAAUCUAUAUUUGAAUCCCUACCAAAUCAAAAUUCUUUCUGAUUCCUUUCA